AUGAUCUCCGACAACGACCUCUACCGCCUUGCCAUCUUCCUGGGCUCGUGCGCUAUGAUGAUGAUCGUUCUCUAUCACUUCCUCGAUGUCAAUGCUCGCGAUGACGAAGAGACUCCCGUCGCCAAGCCAGUCAAGAACAUCGAAACCACCGUGCCAUCAGACAAGGCCAGCGGAUCCACAACUCCAUCCAAAUGA